UGUACAUAGAGAGAGAGAUUUCCUUUUCCUUUCUCAAGACUGCUGCCUCUAUCUUCCUUAUUUGUCUGUUAUCACAAUUUCAGCACUUGAAAAAAAGAAACCAAAAACUCUCUCAAUUAUAUAUUUAUAAGGAUUAAACCACACAUUCAACAUAGUCUUUCAUUCAUACAGAAAAAAACAAAAAAAAAACACAGGAUGGUGGUCUCCUCUCCUUCUCAGAUGGGUUCUUUUCUCUUUGUCUUCUCUCUUCUUCUUGUUUUGGCUUCUGGGUUUCACAGAAACUUGCCUUUUGUUCCCUUUGAUGAAGGCUAUACACAUUUGUUUGGAAAUGAUAAUCUUCUUGUUCAUAAAGAUGGAAAAUCUGUUCAUUUAACCCUAGAUGAAUCCACAGGUUCUGGAUUUGUGUCACAAGACCUUUAUCUUCAUGGCUUCUUCAGUGCUUCAAUCAAGUUGCCUUCAGAUUAUACUGCUGGAGUUGUUGUUGCCUUCUAUAUGUCAAAUGGCGACAUAUUUGAGAAGAACCAUGAUGAGAUAGACUUUGAGUUCUUGGGUAACAUCAGAGGCAAAAAUUGGAGAAUUCAAACAAAUAUUUAUGGCAAUGGAAGCACAAGUGUAGGCAGAGAAGAAAGAUACAAUCUUUGGUUUGAUCCUUCUGAUGAUUUCCAUCAUUAUUCUAUUCUCUGGACUGAUUCUCAGAUCAUAUUUUAUGUAGACAAUACUCCCAUUAGAGAGGUUAAGAGAACAGAAUCAAUGAGAGGGGAUUUUCCUUCUAAGCCAAUGUCGUUGUAUGCAACAAUUUGGGAUGGGUCUAAUUGGGCUACCAAUGGUGGAAAAUAUAGAGUGAAUUACAAAUACGCCCCUUUCGUCACCAAGUUCUCUGACUUCAUCCUCCAUGGCUGUGCAGUUGACCCGAUUGAACAAACAUCAUCUAGGUGUGAUACCACCCAAGCCUCCAUCCCCACCAGUGUAUCCCCAUCACAAAGAAGCAAAAUGGACAACUUUAGGAGGAAAUACAUGACAUAUUCCUAUUGCUACGACCAAGUUCGAUACAAAGUUCCUCCAUCAGAGUGUGUGAUUAAUCCCCUUGAAGCUGAACGCCUCAAAGUUUAUGAUCCAGUCAGAUUUGGAGGAGGUCGACGCCGCCAUGGAAAACACCACCACCGAACUAGCCGGUCCACAACUGAUGCCAUUUGAGAGAAGAGGGUGCCAAGUUUAUUUUGUGAUGGUGGUAAAGUUAUUUUUAUGUGUAGGGAGGGAGAUAGAAGGCAUAAAAAGAGAUUUUAUUGAGGGUGUGAUAGAGAGUCCUAUUAAAUUUAUAUGGUUGAUGGAUGAUGGUGGUGGGUAUGUGUAUAGUUUAUACCUUUGAUUUUAUCAUUUGAUGUAUGUUGGUUUUUUUUUUUUUAAUUUUAUUUUUUUGUGAUCAUUUUCUGUACUCUUAACGCCCUCAUGGUUUGAAUAAAUAAACAUAUAUAUUUAGUA